AAACACAAACCCAUGUUAGCAUCAGAUUUUAUAAGAAUAUCAAACUUCAAAAUUAUCUCAGAAUUAAUAUAUUUAAAUAUUUUCUUUCAUGCUUUUAAAUUUGGCAUUCCUUUUCAUUUCAGCCAAUAGUUAGUUUUUUAAAUAGCUUUAAAACAAAAGAAUUUAGAACUCAAAUUAUCAAAUGUCAGAUCAUUCACUUAAUACUCUCUACUUCUUUACUCCUUCAUAAGAUAAUUCUUAUUAUAUGAUUGAAUUUCAUUUGGAGGAGCAGGAUUAAACUUUUCUAAUUUUCAACUUUGAUACUAAAUCUAUUUCCAGAGAAGAUAGCAAAAUUCAAAUAUCAAGGUUUUUUUAAAUUUUAUUUACUUAGUGAGUAUGACGGUAGAUUGAAUAGACGGAUAAUAAUUCACAAUGAAAAUAAUCAAGAAUCUCAACUUUAAGUUAUUUCAAAUAAGUAGACAAAGUACGAAAUAACCAUAACUCCUUUAACAAAAAUUAAUGAUAAUUGUUUAAAUGAUUGUAAUUAAAAUGGAAUUUGUAAUGUAAAUCAAAUAUCUAAUGAAAGAAUUCCAACUGUGAAUGUUAUGAAGGAUAUUUGGGCAGAGAUUGUCAUUUACCAGUCUUCCAAAUAAAAAACUCUGCCUAAAAUGUCUUAUCAAUAAAUUCCAAAAUAUAGUAUUAUGUGAUGGACUUAUAAGGAGAAAAAUAAUUAGUUUCCCUAUCCUUUUAAGUAAUUUUAUUUUUUUAUGAAUCUUAGAUAGAAAUUUAUGCUGAAUUACAAAUAUCAUGUUUUGAUGAAAUCAAAUUAUCAUAUGAGAGUGAAGAAUUAGAUAAUUUAAAAAUUGUCAAGGUGUAUUUUGAAUUAAAUAAUUAAACAUCUAACAAAGACUUCCUCGUUUUUGUAGUUGAAAAACUUAUCGGUUAUGAUUAACAUUUAAGAACUCUUUCUAUUAAUCAAUAGCAUAAAGAAGAGCAUAGUGAUACUAAUAAUGACGAUGAUAAAAAAAAUAAUAAUAAUAAUGCCAAUAUUGAAAAAGAUAAUGACGAUAAUGACGAUGAUAAUUCUAUAACAAUAAAGAUAUCUAUUGGAGUAGGUGUAGGUGUAGGAGGAGGUCUUUGUUUAUGCCUAGUAAUUGUUUUGAUCUGUGUAAAAAUUAAAUUUAAUGUAAAUAAUUGAAAAAUAAAUCAGGA